UCGAUUCGACUCGCUUCCUGUAAGUAACUGCAAGCAGUGUCGAGGCAAGGCAUUUCUGUGAGGAUUGCACCAGAUAUAACCAUGUCUGUGAACCUGAGCAAAAACGGCGCGGCGCUGCAGGCAGCUUACAAUGAGGUGGUGGACGGGAAGUCCAGCACGAACUGGGCUCUGUUUACGUACGAGGGGAACAGCAAUGACAUACGACUGGCAGAGAAAGGAGACGGGGGUCUGGAGGAGAUGGUGGAGGAGCUGAACAGUGGGAAGGUGAUGUACGCUUUCUGUAGGGUACAGGACCCCAACUCCGGCCUGCCCAAGUACGUCCUCAUCAACUGGACUGGUGAAGGAGUGAAGGAUUCCAGGAAAGGACUCUGUGCCAAUCACGUCAGCUCCAUGGCCAACUUCCUGAAGGGCGCUCACGUCACCAUCAAUGCCCGGUCCGACGACGAUGUGGAACCCGAGGCCAUCAUGCAGAAAGUAGCCAAGGCGUCCGGGGCCAACUACAGCUUUCACAAGGAGUCGGACCGCUUUCGGGACGCCGGUCCCCAGGGGCCCGUGGGCUCGGUGUACCAGAAGACCAAUGCCAUGUCUGAAAUCAAGCAAACCAACAAGGACACCUUCUGGGCACAGACUGAGAGGGACGAGGAGAAGCGCCGCCUGGAGGAGCGGAGCAAGGACACACAGGAGCGGGAGCGGCUGGACCGGGAGAGACGAGCCCGGGAGCAGCAGGAGGUGGUGGAGAGGGAGCGGAGAGACAAGGAGCGGGCCAGUCAGAUCGACCAGCAGAAGGUGCAGCAGCAGCAGGAAGCAGGCAGCCGCCAGCAGGAGACGCAGCAGCGGGAGGAAUAUGAGAGGGAGCAGCAGGCUGCACGGAAGCCAGGCUUCCAGCGAGGUGCGUCUGUGGAGAAGGCAAACGAGGCAGCCUCGCUGAUCUCCCAGCGCUCGCAGAAUCCUCGGGACAUGUUCAAGCAGAAGGAGAGAGCCAUGGCCAGCGAGCCCAGAGACUUCCCAGACAGCCCACAGCCGGGAAAGCUCAGGAGCCCCUUCUUCUCCAGACAGUCCAGUGACCCGGAGCCACCCCUGUCCCCCCAUCGCCAGGCCUCGCCCCUCCAUGCCACACCCGCCUCGCCCGUGCGCGCUGCAGUGCCCAGCGUUCUGGACCAAGCCCGCUCCCAGUGUGAACCUGAAGGUCCAGCUCAGCAGAAUCUGAAAGAGAACAGCAGCCCCAGCCAGCGUGCGUCCCAGCCGAGCCCGCCCGCAGACCUGUACGAGGAUGUAGUGGGACAGGAGGAGCCGGAGAACCUGUAUGAGGAGCCCCCUCAGGUGGAGGAGGCGAGCGCAGUGUCGGAGGAGCCGGCCGCUGUGAAGGGGGUGUGCGCGCGGGCGCUGUACGAUUACCAGGCUGCGGAUGACACAGAGAUCUCCUUCGACCCCGACGACAUCAUCACAGAGAUUGAAAUGAUUGACGAGGGCUGGUGGCGCGGCUAUGCCCCGGAUGGGCGGUUCGGAAUGUUCCCAGCCAAUUAUGUGGAGAUCCUGGAUGCCUGAACACGCCCCCGCUAAACCUGAUGACCCAAUCACAGGGAGGCUGAGGAUAGGCUUUCACAAAUGACCGAAAGAAAGAAAAAAAAACAAUACAAAAAAAUGAAUCUGUUGGUUAGUAUGGGACCAGUAACGGUAGACCAGUCCUUGGGGAGCCGUAAUAUAAUAAUGAGGACCGAUUAAACCAUAGCCAUAGUUGCCCUGGGGGCCGCACUGAAUGCAACUCCUGAGCACGACAAAUAACAAUUGUGUGGCUUUUAAAACAGCGUCCUUUCUUGAAUAACAAGCUUUAUUGAAACCAUCGAAAUCUAAAAACAGACUCAAUUUGAAACUGCCGACCGAGGCUCCAUAAACUCUGCCAAAAAAAAAGGACCAAUUUGAAGCCAUUCUAUAAAGGACACUGUGUAUAAAACCCAUAGAGAUGUUAUUUGCGCCUGGAUAGAUAAGAUUUUUUUUUUUACUGCUGUCAAACGCAUACGGACAUCGAUGAAGAACAAACAAGCUCAUUGGUUGCCUGCUAUUGGUUGCCAAUCCCUGCUUAGUUCCUGGUCUCUGGGGUUCUGCUAUUGGCUGUUGGUGAUUGUGAGAGUCAUGAGGUCAUUG